GCCGCAGUGUUUCCGCAAGCGCUUCGUGUCCAUGACACCCGAGCCUCCGAAAGGCACACCUGGUGGUGACAUCACCAUCUAUCGGAGACUUGCAUCCCGAGGAGAGUUGUCCACCCGAGGCGCCGGGGCCUUCGCCUUCGUUGUUGGGCGUUUGCACUUUAACUCACGGGAAACGACCAUUCAAGCUCGGAGGCUGGUGAAGCAGCCCCUGGUAACCUGGCAGCCCAGUGGGAGUCCCGAGGAUCUUUUCUGUCUCGUUGUCCUCCUCGAAUCCUGGUUGGCCUGGCUGGUGAUCGACAUCCCCGGUGCCCAGAGCAUCAAGGACGGUCUUCCUCGAUUUGGCUUGGCGGGCAAUUGCUGGGCUGUGGAGCAUGGCAAGGAGCUUGCCUCCUAUCAGCUUCUCCCCGAGGGAGUCCAGCCAUCGGCAGCCCUCGACUCCGAGUACUGCGUGCUGCUCUUCAGCCAGCCAGCCCGCCUUGCAAAUCCAAAGGUGCAACGCGAGGCUUUCUCCCAAGAGAGCUUCGCGGAAGCUGAGGGCCUGGUUCAGAUGGCCUCCUCCUCCACUCGGCUCAAGAAGACCCCGCUCGAAGCCCCGAAGCCGCCAGCGACACGCAAGCCGGCUCUCAGCUCGGGAGGCUCCUUGAUCAUCCCAGCGGAUGCACCAAAGACUUUAACAGAAGCCUUGGAGAGGACGGCUGCCGAGCGGGGGCAGAAGGGCCUCAUCUUGUACGACACGGCCGGGAAAACGGAGGAGCUGACCUUCGCCAAUCUGCUGAAGCGUGCACGCUUGGUCGCCGCGGGCCUGGUUCGGUUCAGGAUUGGGAAGGCGAGCAUGGCCAGCUCACCAACAGAGCAUCGGGAAGCGGCGGUUUUGCAGGUGCCCCGCAUGCCUGAGCAUUUCGCAUGCUUCUGGGGAGCCCUCUUCUCGGGCACUUGCCCGGUGACCGUUGCAAUUCCGCCUGACUACACGGACGGUGCCCAUGCUGUGUGCAGCAAGAUUCGGAACGUGUGGCAUCUUCUGGAUCGACCACCCAUCAUAACAAUGGGAUCUCAUGUGGAGAAGCUGCAACAACUGGAUCUGUCCACAGCCGACGUGGCAGUCACGGAGGUGCCGCUCCUGACCGAGCCAUCGGUACAUGCCGCCGCCAGGGGAGCCGAAGCUGCCUCCUGGUCGCCUUCACCCGGAGAUGUGGCUUUCUAUCAGCUCAGCAGUGGAUCCACUGGAGUGCCAAAGUGCAUCCAGAUUGCCCACCGAGGUGUUGUGGCUCAUGUCCAAGCAGAAGCCCAAUUCUGCGGUUACGGGCCGGACGACAUUCACGUGAAUUUCCUGCCCUUGGACCACGUGGUGCCCAUCCUCACGGUCCAUUGCUGCGAUGUUUAUCAUGGCUGCUGGGAGGUGCAGGCGGAGGUUUCCUGGGUCGUUUCUCAGCCGCUCCGAUGGCUGCAGCUCGUCCACACGCACCGGGCUACUCGGACAUGGGCACCGAACUUUGCGUUCAAGCUGGUGGCAGAUGCUCUGCGGCAGGAAAAGAAGGAAGCUGAGAUGGACCUUUCCUGCUGUCGGUAUUGGAUGAAUGCUGGGGAGCAGGUGACGAUUCCAGUGUGCGAGGAUUUCCUAGAGCAGACCCAGCGCCUCGGCGUGCGCCGCGCAGCGAUGCAGCCCUCCUUUGGAAUGGCAGAGGCCUGCACCUGCAUGACGUACAACAACCGGUUCGAGGUGUGUGGCGCCAGUCGUUUGGGCCGGCCAACGUUCGUGAACCUCGGCCCACCUGUCCCGGGCAUCGAGAUCCGCAUCGCCGACGAUAAUGGCGAAACCCUCCCUGAAGAAGAGAUCGGCCGCUUUCAAAUCCGAGGUCCUGUGAUCACACCUGGGUAUUUGAACAACGAAGCGGCCAACAAAGAGGCCUUUGUGGGAGAUGACUGGUUCAACACUGGCGAUAUCGGAUUCAUCAAGGAAGGGCAGCUCUAUCUGACUGGCAGAGAAAAGGAAAUGAUCAUAGUGCGUGGGGCGAACUUCUACUGCUACGAGGUGGAGGACGUCGUGAAUGCCAUGGAGCAUGUGCUGCCCACUUUCACGGCCGCAGUUUCCGCCCAUGAUCCACUGUCAGGGACCGAAGGGCUCGCAAUUUUCUUUGUACCGCGGCCUUCUCUGGACGAAGAUGAUGUGGAGGAGGUGAUUAAGAAGAUUCGGGCAAAGCUCGUCCGACACAUCGGAUUGACUCCUAGUCAUGUUGUGCCUCUUGCUGCCGAAGACUUUCCGAAGACUACCAGCGGGAAGAUCCAGCGGUCCAAGCUGAAGCAAGCAUUGCAGGACGGCCAGAUUGACCAGAGAGCCAAGCCACGAGCAAAAGUUGGCUCACAGCUUUGA